UUCAUGUGUGGGUAGUGGACAUACACAGGGGGGAGCGAGAGAGGGAGAAACACAGGACAGACAAGAUUGAGCACGCAUGCAGGAAGCGACGUGAAAGUUUUCAGGCACACACCGACUUUCCUCCCCUUCCAUGAAAUGUGACUCUCAGGCUAAAUAUGAGCAUUUUUGCGGUUGAUUCGUUGUAAAAAUUCUCAAUUCUCGCACGAGAUCAAUCGCUCGAAGUCGGUGCGCAAUGAGCGCGUCUGCGGGAACGGGGGUGUUCAUGCUCUCCUUGAUGUCUAUCCCCAUCUGCUAUUUAUUCAAUUCUCUCAUUUACAGCAACAGUGCCGAAGCUUUCUUCUUCGCUGGGUGCACAACAGUUCUUAUUCUGGCCAUUUCAGCCCGUUUUAUGCUUAAAAAGAAGGCUCCAGUAGAUCCUCUUUUCUAUGUGUAUGCAGUAAAUGCAUUCCUCAGUGUGGUGAACCUGAUCGUUGGGCUGGAGCAAGACAACAUCAUUGAUGGAUUUGUGACGUUUUACCUCAGAGAGGCAGAUCCACAUGUUAACACAGCACAUGGGCACAUGAUCUCCUAUUGGGAUGGCUGCGUGCACUAUCUCAUGUAUCUGCUCAUGAUUGCUGCAAUUACUUGGGGGGACAGUUACCGAGCAAUUGGACUCUACUGGGUGGGAUCUUUUCUCAUGCGUGCCAUGGUCUACAUUCUUGGGAAUGCUGUGGGAAAGUAUGGGACCCAUGUUGGUCCUCUCUUCAUCCUCCAUAUAUUGUAUAUCUCGUUGUCUGUGUGGGCUUGCUUCCGCAUCCUUACUCAGCCUUCUACACGGGAUGUCGAGUUAACAGACAUCGAGGAGGCUCAGAGGACAGGCUUGCUCCACAGACAUCUGGACUUGGUGUUCAUCAUCUACCUCAUCCCGGCACUGGCUUUCUGUGUGUUCAGAGGCCUGGUUGUUCUGGACUGCUCCAGCAAAUGGUGUCAGGACUACACACAACAGUAUGAGCCAUACCUCAAAGACCCUUCAGCCUACCCUAAAGUACAGAUGCUGGUGAGCAUGCUGUAUUUUGGGCCCUACUACAUCAUUACUCUCUAUGGGCUGUUGGUCCCAGGAUGUGAGUGGAUGCCAGACCUGACUCUUGUACACUCGGGAGCCCUGGCACAGGCCCAGUUCUCCCAUAUUGGUGCGUCUCUUCACACACGGACACCGUUUUCAUACAGAGUGCCUGUUGACAGCCAGCCUGUCUUCUUGCUGGUCAAUGUGCUGUACACUCUGGUGCCUCAGGUUCUGUGCUACCGCUGCUGCACACAACCUGCCUUCUUCCUCAAGACAACACCAGAGAAGAAAGGUGAAUGACAGAGUGUCACAGAUCCCAAGGAUGCCUAAAUAAAGGGCUGAAGAACUCACAAAGUCCUGCUGUGUUUGCAGUUAUUAGCAGUUGCUAUUUUAGAGAGAAACCUGCCUCCUGUAAACUUAAGGAGAGCCACGGGGAGGCACUAGAAAAUGACUAAAAUGAAACUUGUGUCGCCUGCCAUUUCUGCUCUGCUGCCUUUUUUUUGUUUUGAAAAGCUUUGUAUGUAAAGCAGCAGCACCCACACUAAGACACAAAGUUAUAGUUACACACAGUGUUAUAGUACAGACAAUAGUGUGUUAGACUUGUAUAAUUCUAAUGACUUGAAAAUUCUUGUUAUACUUUUGAUCAUUUUUGGAUUUUGGCUAAAAAACAAAACUUUUUUUUGUCACUGAGAUU